UAGAUUCAUAUUUUAUUAACAACACCCCUCACAAAGCCACUUGAUAAUUCGUACUUGAUACACCCUAGCAAAAGAAAAUUCAUAAUAUUAUUACACUUUUGUUAUUUGCAUAUAUAAGUUUAUAAACUCUUGAAGAGACCUUUGUCCUUCAAUACACUAGUUUAUCCGGUUCGAGUGAUUAAUCUUUGCAUCUGCGUUAGAACGAUAUUUGAUUUUCAUAAGCUCAAAAACAAUCCUACUAUAUAGUGAGAGAUGAUGAAGAACGCGGGAUUCGAGCAUGUUCUUAGAUAUUUUGACGAAGAUGGUGAUGGAAAGGUUUCACCAGCAGAGCUAAGACAAAGGCUAAGAAUAAUGGGAGAAGAGAUUUUAUUGAAAGAAGCUGAAAUGGCUAUUGAAGCAAUGGAUUCAGAUGGUGAUGGUUAUUUGAGUUUGGAGGAAUUAAUUGCUUUGAUGGAAGAAGGUGGAGAGGAACAAAAGUUGAAGGAUUUGAGAGAAGCAUUUGAGAUGUAUGAUAGUGAGAAGUGUGGUUUUAUAACACCAAAGAGUUUGAAGAGGAUGCUUAAGAAGAUGGGUGAGUCUAAGUCUAUUGAUGAAUGUAAAGCUAUGAUUAAACAUUUUGAUUUGGAUGGGGAUGGUUUGCUUAGCUUUGAUGAAUUCAUAACAAUGAUGCAGUGAUGAUGUUAUAUAUGUUUUGAUUCAUUUCUGUGUAACAUUCUCUAUAGAGUAGCUGGGUUGAUUUAAUUGAUUUUUUGUUACAUACAAAUAUAGUUCAUGUGUCAUAAGUUGAAAUCUCUAAUUUUAUAUUUA